CCAUUUUAUUUACCAAAAGGAUAUUAUCCGAAAUAUUUCUUUUAAGUUACUAAAAAAAAAAAAAAUCCUCAAACAAUACUUCGUACGACUCAUGCCCUCUGCUUUCCCCAAAUCAACACUCUUGCAACAAAUCGCUCUUCCCUCUGCGUUCACCAAAUCGAUGUCCUCCGCCUGAGCCAAGACUUCGCACCAGAUAACCGGUCCACCACUCCUGCUCUCUGCUUUGCCAACCCUUCGAAGAACCGCCGCUGGUGGACGACUGCGAUUGAGGUCAAGUCAAGUUUCAGUCUUCUUCGUGUGGCUGAUGUCGAUGAAUGACUCAGAACAACAUCGGAGCACCAGAGAAAGCACACCAUCUAAUUUGAUAAGGGAGUCGGACAUCUUAAGAAAUCUGGGUUCAACCAUGAGGUGGCCAAGUUCUAUUGCAACUAACAAAAGGGUGAGAAAUGAAAUACGAAGGAAUAUCCCAACAGCGCAGGAGAUCGAAGAGUUCUUUGCUUUCGCCGAGCAGCAGCAACAGAGAAUCUUUAUUGAGAAGUACGAUUUUGACAUUACCAAUGAAUCGCCACUCCCGUAAGGUACGAAUGGGUGCAAGUCGUUCCUUAGAUGAGGAACAUUGAAUUGGAAGUUGAACUUGAGACUGCAAGUUCUGAGUCUAUAAUUAGUGCUAAGAGAAGUUGGAUUACAAUCAAUAACAUUGUGAACUUGACUGAACCUUUUGGUAUUUGCUCAAGUACAAAAUUAGGUUUGCUGAAGUAGCCUCUGCAAUAUCACAAUAUUAUGUUAGAAUAUGUACACCUUGUUUUGGUAUGCGAAUCUUGUAUGAGCGAAUAACUAAUAGUUGUAUUUACCGAAGAAGAAUAUGUGGUGUGAAUUUAUGAGUUA